CCAAACCCUUCAUCCCCAGUGGUUCCUUUUCUACCAAACCCUAAAUAAACAUAUAAUUUCAAUCACUUUCUUCCUUCUCAUUCUCUAAGAAUCAAAGACAUACCAAACUUCAAUGGAAUGCAACAUGCUUUAUCAUCCAUUUGAUUUCCAUUCACAAUGCAACCUUCAUCGAUUUUACACCAUCGUGAUUAAUUACGCAAGCUUGUGUCAUGGACUCCGUCGUAUUCUACAAUCCUAGAAUCUUCACAACGGCCAAAAUCGCAUUGGACAACCACCAGCUGCUCACCAUCAUCACCGUUGGAUUGGUCAAGACCACUUUCAUCUUGGUUUCCACAUUUCUCUUAGAUCGAGUGAGGAAGUGGCCAUUACUCCUCAACAACGUCGCUACAAUGACCAUUUCCUUAGGCACCCUCGUGAUGGCACUUGCCAUAAUUGACCACUCAAAGAAAAAGAUGACAUGGGCAUUGGUGCUAUGCAUGAUGGUGAUUUGAUCAUCUGUCAGCUUGUUUUCAAGCAAACUGGGAUCGGUUACAUGGCUGUACACCUCAGAGAUCUUCCCAUUAAGGCUUCGUGCAUUGGGGGUGAGUGUGGGAGUGGCAGUGAAUAAGGUACUUUGAGACUUUUAAUGGUAAAUAAAAGGCAAAUUGCCAU